AUGAUGUACUCACCGGAUAAGAUGAUGGGGAGCAAGGGACUCCACGGGGCACCGAUCACUGCUCCGGGUUGUUUCCCUUCGGGACGAUAUUCGCCGCCGCCUUAUCGCGCUGCUCCAGACCCCAUGCCGCCACCACCGCGACGCUGUAUGCCGAAUCCUACCAGUCGUAUAUUGGAGGAUGCCUCCAUUAUGUGCAACUCCUGGUCACCAAGGCAUAACGGUGACUUAUUCGGGGGCUUGAACAGCGGUCUACAAGACGGCUUACUUUCGAGGGCAGAAGCUUUGGCUGCGGAUUUAGGAAAACACAACGCAGGCACCCCAAUGCCUUUGAAGCACGACCCUGUUUCCGUUUAUCACCAUGGAGCCCACAUGGCAGCCCCGCAUCCAAAUAACCGGCCACAUCAUCAGAUGAGCCAUCCAGGUAUGGAAAGUCUGGACAUGUUGGACCCAGCCAAUUCAAUGACUACGUUAACGCCAAUGUCAGAAAACACCGGCGGUGGUCCUGGCCAUCACGCCGGUAUCCAUGGUCCUUCGGUGUACGGAGGCAUGAACGGAAUGAUGAGUCAUCAUCACCAUCACGGUAACCUAGGCGGUGGAGGUGGUAGCGUACCACAUCCGGCUCACCAUCAUCCCGCAAUGGCAGCGGCCGCAGCCGCGGCUGCAGCUGCAGGCUUGCAUCCGGACGCGGACACGGAUCCACGAGAAUUGGAAGCGUUUGCGGAGAGGUUCAAACAGAGACGCAUCAAGCUCGGUGUGACGCAAGCCGACGUCGGUAAGGCAUUGGCGAAUUUAAAGUUACCUGGCGUCGGGGCGCUCUCCCAAUCAACGAUAUGUCGGUUUGAGUCGUUGACGUUAUCCCAUAACAACAUGAUCGCCCUGAAGCCGAUCCUGCAAGCGUGGCUGGAGGAGGCAGAGGCUCAGGCGAAGAACAAGAGGCGAGAUCCCGACGCUCCGUCGGUAUUACCAGCUGGUGAAAAGAAAAGAAAGAGAACCAGCAUAGCAGCACCCGAGAAACGAUCACUGGAGGCGUAUUUCGCCGUUCAACCGCGGCCAUCUGGCGAAAAGAUAGCCGCGAUCGCGGAGAAACUCGACCUGAAAAAGAACGUUGUCAGGGUCUGGUUCUGUAACCAACGACAAAAGCAGAAGCGCAUGAAAUUCGCGGCUCAACAUUGACCCGAGGGUGGCUUGUGACAGCAAAACUGACCGUAUCAGCUGCCCAGUCUCGAGCCCAAACCAGAACCCUUGACCGAGUUUCAGGGAUGGCCGUAAAAAGAAACGAGAUAUAAGUGGAUAUAAGGAGGACAGGCCAUUGCUGCAAGGAAUUAAACCGUCAGUUCAACUGAAAUAUCUACGUUGGACAGUUGUACAGUUACUGUACUGAUGGAGUUCGCUAAGGAUUCUCGGUUUCAAGUGGAUCGAAUAAUAUAGCUCGAUACUGUGGCAACAGAAAUGACAAUAGUCAG